AUGUCGUACUGCUGCAAGCUGCGCACCUGUCCCGAAAUUCUUCGUCACGUUCCGGCAUUCACCGUACAGGCACGUCAAUGCUGUGUGGCCGUCUGGCCACCCUGCUCCAUCCCACUGUUCUGCGUUCGGCGGGCGCGAAUAUCUCGCUUUCGUCGAUUUUUCCUGCGCGGCGAUGUACCGAUAUCGCGCGAGUACGGCACACGGUGUGUGAAGCACUUCAUCAAGUGGCACAUACCUCCGGAACAGCUUAACUAUCAGCGCUAUUUGCCACUGUUCUUCGAUGGGUUGUGCGAGUCGACGUUUCCGUACCGAGAAUUUGCGCGCCACGGUGUGAGCGAUUUGCUGGCGGCCGGGACCGAACGGCAGAUAUUCCAAACCAUCCCGAUGCUGAUACUGCCGAUGCGCGAGGCGUUGAAUACGAAAAAUCCGGACAUUAUAAUUGCAACAUUAAGCGCGUUACAACAGCUGCUACGAGUCGGACCAUCGAUCGGAAUAGCCCUUGUCCCUUACUAUCGGCAGCUGCUUCCCAUGCUGAACCUGUACAAGCAGAGGCGUGUUAACAUAGGCGAUCGUAUUGACUUUCGCGGCGGCCGACGGAUCGGUGAUGAGGUAAACGCUACGCUCGAACUGUUAGAACAAUGCGGAGGACCCGAUGCAUACCUGAACAUUAAGUACAUGGUGCCCACAUACGAAAGCUGCGUCUACAAUCGAUGA